AUCAAAAUGAGAAGAAGCUUAGGGAAUUUGGGGCAAUUGCCUCUAUUAGCAUUUGCUUUGGCAAUUUGCUUUGUAGCUAGCACUGUUGUUGCUGAUUACUCUUAUGGCUAUACUUCUCCUUCACCUACUUACACCACUAAGAAGUACUACAAAUCACCAUCUCCAUCUCCAUACUACAAGAAAUCGGAGAAACAUGCUGAACAUUCUCCGUCACACUAUUACAAGUCCCCUACUCCUUCAAAGCAUUACUACAAAUCACCGGUAGUAGUGAAGUAUUACAAAUCACCAGCUCCUUCAAAGAAAUACUACAAGUCGCCUUCCCCUUCAAAGUACUACUACAAGUCGCACACCCCUUCAAAGAAGUACUACAAGUCACUAUCCCCUGCAAAGUACUACAAAUCUCCAUCGCCUGCAAAAUACUACAAGUCACCUACUCCAUCAAAGCAUUAUUACUACAAGUCACCAUCCCCUUCAAAGUACUACAAAUCUCCGUCGCCUGCAAAAUACUACAAGUCGCCUGCUCCAUCAAAGCAUUAUUAUUACAAGUCACCAUCCCCUGCAAAGUACUAUAAAUCUCCGUCACCUGCAAAAUACUACAAGUCACCUGCUCCAUCAAAGCAUUAUUACUACAAGUCACCAUCCCCUGUAAAGUACUAUAAAUCUCCGUCACCUGCAAAAUACUACAAGUCACCUGCUCCAUCAAAGAACUAUUACUACAAGUCACCAUCCCCUGUAAAGUACUACAAAUCUCCAUCACCCGCAAAAUACUACAAGUCACCUGCUCCAUCAAAGAACUAUUACUACAAGUCACCAUCCCCUGUGAAGUAUUACAAAUCUCCAUCACCUGUAAAAUACUACAAGUCGCCUGCUCCAUCAAAACACUAUUACUACAAGUCACCAUCUCCAUCACAAUAUUACAAAUCACCCGCUCCCUCUAAAUACUAUAAAUCGCCUCCGCCGCCACCAACAUAUUACAAGUCACCAGUUUAUUACAAGUCUCCACCACCACCACCAACUUAUUAUGAGAAAUCACCUUCUUACUACAAGUCCCCUCUACCUCCACCAUAUUACAAAGAAUCUAUGCCUUACUACAAGUCCCCUCCACCUCCACCAUACUACAAAGAAUCUACCCCUUACUACAAGUCCCCUCCACCUCCCCCAUACUACAAAGAAUCAACUCCUUCCUACAAAUCCCCACCACCUCCACCAUACUACAAAGAAUCUACCCCUUACUACAAGUCCCCUCCACCUCCCCCAUACUACAAAGAAUCUACACCUUCCUAUAAAUCACCCCCAUCCUCGCCAACGUACCACUAAACAUUCAAUAACUCUACUGUUUUCAUGAUUUUUACGGUCUAUUUUGAUUUCAUUUCCCUUCCAAAAUUUAAUGUAUGUUAGUCGAAAUGAUCGACUUUAUUUAUCGUGUGUUCGAUAUUGUUUUGUUCAAAUAGUUUAUAUGAUGUAUUACUUCGAGAAUUAAUUAAGUAUUCCUCAUUGUAUCAAGACUAAUAGUUUGUUAUUUAUCUUCUCUUCUUUGUGUAAUAAUUUUGUAUUCAAAUUGUUAAAUAAAAUGAGGUGGUAUUGUCCCUA